CUUAGCGGACUCUGAUUGGCUGAUUGUCGUGGCGACUGUUUGUCGGGCUCAGAUUGGCUGAUUGUCGUUUCCGCCUUCGUGGUCCCUCGUUUGAAAAGAUUUCGGUUAGAUUGUUCGAAGCGCCUGCUCAAUAUUGUUAAAGAGCCGCCUUAACAAUGUUGCUGAGUUUGAGUUUAGGACAUUAAGAAAGGCAUUCUGUACACACCAGAGCGCCGUUUUCCCCACUUUUGCGCAUGUUAUCCAGGAGUCCCAGCCAGCAUGGCCCAGCGCGUGACGCUAUCCGACGGCGGGCGCAAGAAAGCCUCCCGAGUGAGGGUCGCGGUUCGUCUGCGGCCCUUUAUGGACAAGCAGGACGAGGACGGCGAGGGGCCUUGCGUGAGAGGCCUGGACUCGCAGGCCCUGGAGAUCGUCAACUGGAGGAAUGCCACAGAAACGCUCAAGUACCACUUCGACAUGUUCCACGGUGAGCAAACGACACAACAAGAGGUCUUCCUGUCAUCGGUAAAGCCCAUUCUACCGUACGUUACCAGGGGUCAGAAUGCCAGCGUCUUUGCCUACGGGCCAACGGGAGCUGGAAAGACACACACCAUGUUGGGCAGUUCAGAGCAGGCUGGCGUGAUUCCUCGUGCUGUUGGCGAAGUCUUCAAUCUGGUCAACUCUCAGGAUGAGAACGAGGCUUGGGACUACUCCAUUGGAAUGUCUUAUUUAGAAAUUUACAAUGAGAAGGUCCUCGAUCUUCUGUCGCCAAACUCCCAGGACUUGCCCAUCCGCGAGGACAAAGACAAGAACAUCCUCAUACCGGGCCUCACGCACGCGACAAUCACGUCCUUCGCUGACUUUGAACGGCAUUUUGAGCCGGCCAGCCUCAAUCGCACCACAGCCUCGACCAAACUCAACCAGCGCUCCAGCCGCAGCCACGCCGUUCUCCUCAUAAAGGUUGUGCGCACUCUGCGCUGCCUGCCCCGCCGCCAGCAAACGGGUAAACUCUACCUCGUCGACCUGGCCGGCUCGGAGGACAACCGCCGGACUGGAAACCGGGGCAUCCGGCUAAAAGAAAGCGGCGCCAUCAACCUGUCGCUCUUCACUCUCAGCAAAGUGGUGGACUCGCUCAGGGCGGGCACGCUGGUGCGCGUGCCCUACAGGGACAGCAAACUGACGCGCCUGCUGCAGGACUCUCUCGGGGGCUCGGCGCACUCGCUCAUGAUCGUCAACAUCGCCCCCGAGUACGAGUACUGCUUCGAUACCGUCGGCGCGCUCAACUUUGCGGCAAAGUCCAAGCUCAUCGUGAACAAGCCCUUCACCCGGGAAACUGUGGCUGUGCCUCCAGUGAAGCGGCCCAGAGAGGAGCACGAGGUGGGGCAGCCUCAGAAGAAGAAGAAGCAGAGGAACCCGAAAAAAACUGAGCAGGAGACCUCGCCGUUGACUCACAUUCACAGUCUGCCAGAACCAUCAUUAAUGGCCAGGCUGCUUGCUCUGGAGAAGCGGGUGAUGUGCUGCGAGAAGAAAGAUGCGGUCGAUACGCUGAAGGAUGUGACUCGCAAGGAGAUCCAGGACCUCAAAGAGGAGCACAGGAAGUUAGAGAGCAAGGUCAAGUCCAAUUCCGCUCAGGAGCCGAGCUGCAGGAACAGCGCGGCGGCGCCGCUGCAGCGAAAAGUGCUCAGCAAAGGCAAGACGCAGCAGGCGACGGUCCAACCGCUGCAGGGUCACUUGUCCCAGCUGCUGCCUCGGAUGCCGCUUACAGUUAGGAAGCAGUCGGUCUGUAUCAAGAAGGAAGUGGCCGGGACGCUUCCGGAUAAGGCUGAGUUUUUAGACGGGAAAGAGAACAAGGUGAUGAACGACUGGGAGUCGCAGCUGGACAAGUCCGUUCUGGAACAGUCCAGGCAGAAGAUUCUCCAGAUCCUCAACACGGGCUCCCUCAAAGAGCUGAAAAGUCUGCAGCAGAUCGGCGACAAGAAGGCAAAACUCAUCCUGGGCUGGCGGGAGCUCCGCGGUGUUUUUUCCGAGCUGGAAGAUGUACGUGAAAUUGAGGGGAUGACAGAAAAACGAUUUUCCACUUUCAUGAAGGCAAACCUUUUGAGUGUCCUGGGAAAGUGAUCCCCGUCUUUUUUUUUUUUUGUCUUUUUUUGUUUUUUUUGUUUUUUGUAUCAUGAUGCCAAUGCAGAUGUGUGUGUGUGUGUGUGUGUGUGUCUGUAAAUGAUGCGGACUCCAUGACCUACAUUGCAUCUGGAAAGUGUUCAGAGCAUUUGACUUUUUCACUGGUUUGUUACAGCCUUAUUAAAAAAAAAAUGGAAUAUAGCCACCCUCUCCUGAAAAUUCUGCAUACGAAGAAUUUUUUUUGGGGGGGGGAAUUUUUUUUCAAAUUUAUUAUGGAUUAAAAACAAAACUCACCUUGUGGAGAAAUCUUCAUUACCUUUGCCUUGAAGCUCAACAUUUAGUUUAACGUGGAUAUUUGACUUCUAAAGCCGUCAAUGGCAGUGAAUGUUAAAACGAAAACAUAACAUUGUGUAAAUUUUUUUUGUUGUCAUGACAAGGCCAAGAGAAUGCGUACACAUUUGUGCUCAACCUAUCAAUAGCAUAUGGAGUGGGGAUGCCAAUGAUGCAUCAAUAAAACGACAAACACCGGCUAGCGCUAGAGCACCCUUAAAAUGGCUUCUCUCGAUGACCAACUUGCAAUUUUUUUUUUUUUUUUUUUUUGGGUAGAAUAUGUUGAUCUCUCAUCCUUUGUAAAACAUUUUGUUUUAGUUAUGCUCUUAAAUUGCCUCAACAUACAUGCAACACUGUUGAGGAAGGGGGUGGGGGGAGUACAUGACUCGGUAGAAACAGCCUAAUUGUUUUGACCAUUGGGAGAUGUAAGGUCAAGUCCUCUUCUAUUUUUCAAUUUCUUUUCCUCCAGUAAUUGAUUGUUUCACUCAGAUAGCCCUGUUAAUCAUGGAAAAAUAUUUGGCCUCGCAUCAGUUUUGUAUCUUUAGCACAAGCUAACAUUAGCUUUAAUUUAUAACCCUGUUUCUGUAAAUCAGAGUAAUACCAGAAUUAUUCAACUAAAGUAUGAAAUCAAUUAUAAAUGAUGUAUUAAAUGUUUCAGAUGUCUGAGUAUCUGUACCAGGGUUAUGCCAAACACAGCAAAGUAUAUAUGACAAAAUGUGUACCAGUGAUGAGCGGGACCAAUUUAAAUCACGUGGUUUAUGACCAGUUUUUCCUGAAAACACAGUUACACAAUGAAUGGUCCAUUUUUAUUUUUUUAUUUUUUUUAGAUGCUUGUGCCUAAAUUGUCCUCCAACUCUGGAAGGCCUACUAAAUAAUACAAUGCCCAUUACAUAAGUGCAAAAGCUGUGCUUGUUGUUGUAUGCUUUGGUGCUGACUAUGAUGUUGUAGUUCUCCACAGAAUCCGGAAGAUGGUGCACGAGCUUUUUUAACAUUUUUUUUAUUUUUUUGAAAUAAAUCCCAUCACGUCCUUGGA